UGAAGCAAUACAUGUUUGGUUGAGCUUUGAAUGAGGAGCCAUCAUCCCGGCGGCUAGGAGGUGGAAAAUACAUUUCAAAGUAUCUCCGGAUGAAUUCAAAAUGAGCAAGCAGGCUUUUUUCACAGGUACUCCAGUGACUGUUAAGCUUCACUUUAUCUCGGUGCUGGGUUUCUUUGGAUUUAUUCCCCUUCAAUCCCUAUAUUUAGUUUGACUUCUGAAGACCAAUGCCUUAGUUCUGAUCAAACAUUACUCGUAAAAGACAUACAUACGCUGGGUAUAUUAACAGUGAGUUCAGACCAGUCAACUAUAUCACUCCCCCAAACCCUUCUUUCCCAACUCAAGACAGAUUAAGAGGGGCAUCAGAACAUUCAACAAGCUACCAUGUCCUCCAUCCUUCCCUUCACCCCACCUGUUGUGAAGCGGCUCUUGGGAUGGAAGAAGACUCCAGCGGGGAGCGGAGGAGCAGGAAUCGGAGGGGUUGGGGAGCAGAAUGGAGGUGGACAGGAGGAGAAGUGGUGUGAAAAAGCAGUUAAAAGCUUGGUAAAGAAGCUUAAGAAGACGGGACAAUUGGACGAGCUAGAGAAAGCGAUCAGUACACAGAACAGCAACACAAAGUGUGUCACCAUACCCAGCAAUUGCUCAGACCUUUGGGGUCUAGGCUCAGGCCACAUGAUAGAGCAGUGGGACUCAGCAGGCAUGUACGGAUAUCCUGACCACAGCAGGUCACUGGAUGGCCGUCUUCAGGUGUCUCAUCGUAAGGGCCUGCCUCACGUCAUCUACUGCCGCCUGUGGAGAUGGCCUGACCUUCACAGCCACCAUGAGCUGAGGGCCAUUGACACCUGCCAGUAUGCAUUUAACCUUAAGAAGGAUGAAGUGUGUGUCAAUCCCUACCAUUACCAGAGAGUGGAGACACCUGUGCUGCCACCAGUGUUGGUCCCACGUCACACAGAGAUUCUGACAGAGCUUCCGCCUCUAGACGACUUUACAAACUCCAUUCCUGAAAACACCAACUUCCCUGCAGGCAUAGAUCCUCCUAAUAACUAUAUACCAGACACUCCUCCACCUGGCUAUAUGAGUGAAGAUGGUGAAACCAGCGACCAGCAGAUGAAUCAAAGUAUGGAAUCAGGCUCACCAGCAGAAAUGUCACCAAGCACCCUGUCUCCUGUCAGUCACGGCCUGGACCUUCAGCCAGUCACCUAUAGCGAACCAGCAUUCUGGUGCUCUAUAGCUUACUACGAGCUAAACCAGCGGGUUGGAGAGACGUUCCAUGCCUCACAGCCAUCCCUGACCGUUGAUGGCUUCACCGAUCCCUCCAACUCUGAACGCUUCUGUUUAGGGCUUCUCAGCAAUGUUAACAGAAAUGCUACUGUUGAAAUGACAAGGAGACAUAUAGGUCGUGGCGUGAGAUUGUAUUAUAUCGGAGGGGAGGUGUUUGCCGAGUGCCUCAGCGACAGUGCCAUUUUUGUCCAGAGUCCUAACUGCAAUCAACGAUAUGGCUGGCACCCUGCCACAGUCUGCAAGAUACCACCAGGCUGUAAUCUGAAGAUUUUUAACAACCAGGAGUUUGCCGCACUGCUGGCCCAGUCAGUAAAUCAAGGGUUUGAGGCUGUAUACCAACUAACCAGGAUGUGCACCAUCAGAAUGAGCUUUGUCAAGGGCUGGGGAGCUGAGUACAGGCGUCAGACAGUCACCAGCACCCCUUGUUGGAUUGAACUGCAUCUCAAUGGCCCCCUCCAGUGGUUGGAUAAGGUGUUGACCCAAAUGGGUUCACCCUCAGUGCGCUGCUCUAGUAUGUCCUAAACAGUGUCCUGCUUUUGCAGAUGCAAAGUCAGACAUUUCAGUGUUUGAACAGUGUAUCCUAAAGGAGAGCACCAUGCAGUCUUAAGUGAUGUACAAACAACAAAACAAAAACAAGAAGAAAAAACCCCCCACACACAUUGGACCCGGAGGACAAGAGCUUGACAUCACUAAUUGACAAUAGUGGUUUAUUAAGUGAUGCCACAAUAGACCCUGACUCUGUUGGAACAACUGACACAUUCUAGUUCUCAUCAAGUGAGAUCACCUUGCAAUAUCAAAAUGACAAGAGAGUGAUGUCCUAUUGGGCGAGCCUACAUUUGUGCUCUGAUCUGAAAACCCAAAGCAGGACAGAGCGUUAUUAUCCUCCUCACUGACACAGCAACAGCUGCUUCGGGCAUCGAGCAUGUGACCUUCUACUUGCUGGACAGUCUGUCCAACUACUCGUUCAGAUCGCAUCUUCACUACCUAUUUACCACAGCACAACUUUGAUCCCAUGUCAGUAUUUCUGUUUACAUGACGCUGACUAACAGUACUACUGCCACUCCAGGCUCACAAUCGACCAAAGCCAACUUCACAUCUUCAUUUUCUGGCGACCAAACUUCCAUUUGAUUUGGGAUGCUCCUCUCUUCUCCCAGUCAGUCAUGUGCUGUUGUUAUCACUGACCUCACUAUGUUGGAAUGCAAAGUCUUCUGCUCUUAAAGGGGUUUAAUUACUCAUGAACCCCAUCUUCGCAUUUUCUCAUGCACACAAACCAUAUGCGCUUUCCUUUUCCUUUGUUUUCAUAAUGAUAAAGUGUCUCCUCUUUAUACGAAGCGUGGACUGGUUGGUGAGGAGUUUCCAUUAAAUAGUAGUAGUCAUCACUAACCACCUAGUGUAGAUGAUUGGAAUUAAAGUUGAGGAUUACUUGAAGCAAGUGUCUACAAUAUGUCACACUAGGCCAAAAUUUGUUCCUCCCAUGCACCCUCUCUUACAUUCUCCUUAUUUUAUUCCACAGUUACAUCAGCUUGUUUGUGAAGAGGAGCUCUGUAUAGACUUUGAGAUGCACAGGCUUAAGAUUAAACACAAGGCUUCACUAUUGCUUACGUCUAACAAGAGGAAAAGAUAAACACCUAUUCCCUAUGUUUCACAUUUGUGGAAGAGGCAUAAAUCUCUGCAAUAGUGUAUCAUUAUUGACAUUUUAUCAGUAAGUAAAGUCCUGCAGUGUUGGACUGUAAUUAACAAGCAUCCUCUAUUCUGCACUUGCACUAUCCUAAAUUAAAAAUGGUUGCCUUUCAUGUAAAAUAUAGCAAGGUAUGCUUUUAAAUUGAAAAUAUAGAAGUGUUGAAAAGCCUACUCGAUUCAAGAUAAUCACAGAAGAAGAUUAUUAUUUUAGACUAUUUACUGUAAAGAUUUGGGCCCUUACAUUCCUUGAAUUGGUGUUCAUUUGAUUUGAAAAAUGAAUAAAUAAAUAAAAUUUCCUAUCUGAAAGCCAGCUGGUACCGACAUUGGCGUUUGAAAGCGUUUAAGUAUUCAAGCUUUAAGUACUCCACAAGCUAGUUACUCUACAGUUAUUUUCUUGUUUCCUUUAGCUACAUUUUGUAUUUUCUGAGUAUUUUUUACA